CAACAGAGCAUGCGCGGAGGAGAGUGGCGUCGGUUGGUCUGCCGGGUGACUCCUCCCCUCUCCCUUCCGCCGCCGCGGAAGUGACUGGGCUUGUUUGCUUUCCGAGUGGCGUCGGUUGCUUUUGGAGGCCUUUCUUUCUGCGCGGAGCCGAUAACAGAGAGUUCGGAACCCAAGUGAGAUUUUGGAAAGGAGUCAAGGAAGGAGUCUUCAUUGUAAAUCACGUUAUUCACGCUAGACGGAAGUAAUCACUAGCCUAGAAGUGCAACCUGACAGAUGUGUGUGAUUGACUCAUGGCCGCAGAUAACCCAAUUCAUUCAUCCAGUGUUAACUGUAACUUGGACACAUUCUUUAGAGAUCUACUGUACUUGAAAACUUACAGAAAGCUUUGUAGCUUGUGUACAUCCCAACAAUAUUGUACUUGAAUCAUUUUAUUCUCAAAAUGAAGAGGAUCAAGCAGACUGUUAAAGCUGAAGAUUCAGUCUAUCAAACACUACAGAGAACGAAAAAGCAGAAAACAGGUUUCUAUAGUUCGGUGUAUAAUAUAUCAGAUCCUUACUACUUGAAGGACUGGGGAAACCUGCCACACCAUGUCGUCUUGCACAUCUUUCAGUGUCUGCCUCUUGUUGAUCGUGCACGUGCAUCUUCGGUUUGUCGGAGAUGGAAUGAAGUUUUUCAUAUCCCUGAUCUUUGGAGAAAGUUUGAAUUUGAACUUAAUCAGCCUGCUACUUCCUACUUAAAGUCUACUCACCCAGAUCUCAUCCAGCAGAUUAUUAAGAGACAUGCUGAUCAUUUGCAGUAUGUCAGUUUCAAGGUUGACAGUAGUACUGAGUCAGCAGAAGCUGCAUGUGACAUCCUUUCUCAGCUGGUGAAUUGUUCUAUCAAGACACUUGGAUUGAUUUCCACAGCAAAGCCAAGUUUCAUGAAUGUUUCCAAGGCUCAUUUUGUGUCGGCACUCACAGUAGUAUUUGUCAACUCCAAGUCAUUAUCUUCCAUCAAGAUUGAAGAUACGCCUGUAGAUGAUCCAUCCUUGAAGGUCCUUGUUGCUAAUAACAGCGAUACAUUAAAAUUACUUAAAAUGAGCAGCUGUCCUCAUGUGUCGCCUGCUGGAAUUCUUUGUGUUGCGGAUCAAUGUCAUGGCCUUAGAGAGCUUGCUCUUAAUUACUAUCUGCUAAGCGAUGAAUUGUUGCUUGCACUUUCAAGUGAAAAGCAUGCUAAUCUGGAGCAUCUCCGUAUAGAUGUUGUCAGUGAGAAUCCUGGACAGAUUGAAUUUCACACCAUCAAAAAACAAAGCUGGGAUGCACUCAUUAAGCACUCCCCUAAAGUCAAUAUUGUUAUGUAUUUCUUCCUAUAUGAGGAAGAAUUCGAUGCUUUUUUCAGGGAGGAAACACCUGUGACUCAUCUGUACUUUGGCCGUGCAGUAAGCAAAUCAAUGCUUGGGCGUAUUGGAAUGAACUGUCCAAGACUGAUUGAAUUGGUUGUCUGCGCCAAUGGACUACAGCCAUUGGAUGAUGAACUCAUUCGCAUUGCUGAACGCUGUAAGAAUUUAACUGCCAUGGGACUUGGUGAAUGUGAAGUCACAUGUCGAGGCUUCAUUGAGUUUGUAAAGAUGUGCGGUGGCAGGCUCGCCCAACUAUCCAUUAUGGAAGAAGUACUUAUUCCAGAUAAUGACUACAAUCUGGACCAAAUUCAUUCAGAAGUUUCCAAACACCUUGGAAGACUGUGGUUCCCUGAUAUGAUGCCAACGUGGUAAACUAUCCAUAGGACAAAUGGCUUUAGUUUUCAGAACUUGCUGUACAGAGUGUGGCUUUCUAUGCAAAUAAGGAAUCGUAAAUAUAAAACAAUGCUGUAUUGUUUAUCUCCUUAAUUCAUUGCAUAGUGGUAGUGUUAUGCCACUUUAAAAUGGAAUAUAGUGUAUACUGAAUACAAAUUGAAAGUGUGUUUAUUAGGUAUAAUUGCUUAGUUUAUUCUCCAGUUAAUUGGAGGGUUUUUAACUGAUUUAUUUUUAAUUGUAAAGCUCUCAGUUUAGUACAAAGUACUACAGUACUAGUAUUUCUGAUAUGGCUAAACAGUUUGGCCUUUGGGGGUUUCUGGAACUUCCAUUUAAAGUGUUGUUUCUCCUGUUCUUUAAUAAACAAUGGUGAUGUAAAAACCUGUAAAGAAUAGUAGCUGCUUAUAUAGUGUGAAGCCUGAUACUUAUCUAUCAGUACGGUGGCAAAUCAUAAAUUUGUGCUGCAACUGAACAAUGAUGUAAACGCACUCUCUCUUACUCUGUAUAAAGUUGAGUAAUUGCUCUUACAAUCUAAUGUGAUACGUGUAUAGAAAACAGCAAUCAAUACAAUCUUUACAGUUCAUGUGCACUCUAGAUACGAAUGGUAGUGCAAGCACAUUGCCACAGUAGUUACAGCCUGGUCAGUAAACUCAGCCCAGCUAAAACACCUCGUGAACGUUCUGGGUUUCUGUUUGAAGUGUGGUAGAAUAGCAUCUUUUUUGCAUUUUGCCUGCCUGGUGUCAAUGAUCAGGUGAUACCCUCUUCUAUGGGCACUUCCUGUACAGAAUGUUGUGAAAAUAGCAGAAUUGAGAAAUGAUGGGUACUUUUCUGUGUAAGGUUCAUGCUCUUUAUAAGGUGUUUUGCCACUGCAGGAUAAUGCCAGUGUUUCCAAAUAGUCUGCUUAGAUUUCACAAAACUAUAGCAGCUUGUAGAAAGAAUCUGUUUCCCCUCCUUGCUGAAAUCAAAGUAUUCAUAUACUGGUGAGAUGACAUCUCUUAUUCCCAUCAUUUAUGCUUAAUAAGAAGUACUACCAGAAAGUCUGUUCUUUUUUGUAUGUUUUACAUUAAUGUGCUCCCUGUCUUAAUAGGAAAAGGGUAUCUAUUUCUGACAAAGCCUUUUCCUGUAUCUUCUCUUAGAGCAGUAUUUUUUUAUUCAUCAGACAUGUCCUAUCAGCUAGAACAGCGAUUGGGUGCAUUUCUUGUUUACUAGUUCGAAAGCAAGCCUGAUUAAACUUGGUACAGUUUAAUUUAAGUAUACAUAGGGCUGGUUACAUGACCACAGUGAAAUAGGCAGCUGAGAUUCCAGUAUGCUGCCUUAGAAAUGUAUAGCACUGAACAUUUGCUCUGAAUGUAAUAUUUUCAUUUUUGACCCUUAGUUAUGUUAAGCAAAAUUCCCUUAAAUCAGUUUGUACAUUACCUAUAACCAUGCAAACCUUACAAGAAAAAAAUGAGAAACUAAAUACUAAAUUAUCAAUUUAACCCUUCACUGAAAAUGAGGAGAUGGCAGCUAAGUCUUACUAAGUAGAUCGGGACUUUAUUGCGGUUUUAUUUGCAACAAAUGUAUGCAUUCUUACAAUGCAAUCCUGUUUAUUCUUAUGUAAAUAAUGUCUUCAUUGUGACUUACUCCCUAGCAAGUGUCUUUAGUAUUGCAGCCUUAAAUAAAUUUAACUUCAAAUAUUUUUUUAAAAUCUGAACAAAUUAGAGAAGACUACUCUUUGGGACAAGUAAACCCUUAUCCUUUUUAUAGAAUUUGUGCAGUGGUAGUACCCUAAAGGCACCAGAUCCCAUUUGAUCUUGGAAUCUAAGCAGGGCCAACACUGGUGAUUAGUACUUUGAUAGGAGACUAUCAAUGAAUACCAGGUGUGGCAGAUUAUAUUUCAGAGGAAGGAACUGGCAAAAGCACUUCUGAAUAUUCCUUGCUUAAGAACCCUUUGAAGAUCACGGGGGCCCCAUAAAUCAACAGGUCACUUGAAGGCACAUAUAGUAACCUAAAUAAUGGUUAGUAUAUGUUCCUUCAAAUUAAAUAAAAAUUACCAAGUAUUCAUUGGUUAGGUGUAUUUGGAAGAACAGAGACCUGCAAAUUUGAAUUUCAGUGAAAUUAGACAUGCAUGAAGUCCAAGGGUUAGUCUAGACCAGGCUUGCACAACCCGUGUUUUGAACUUCAGCUUCCAGAAUUCCUGACCAUUGGAUAAGCUGGCUAGGGCUUCUGGAAGUUGGAGUCUCAAACAGCUGGAGGGCCACAGAUUGUGCUGGCCUGGUCUAGACUUUUCAGGAACAUCUGUGCUCACAAUGAAUACAUCUUGUCUCCUAAGAACCCUUAAUCACACAGCAAUUUAGCUAUAUAUAUAUAUAUAUAUAUAUAUAUAUUACAAGAAUGAAUGUAGCAACUUUAACUCGUACACAAAAACAAAGCCACAAUCAUUCUCUGGCAAUUCUCCAGACUUCCUGCUGAAGCCAUCUUUUUACAAUGCUUUACAUCAUGGGUAGGUUUGAAAGAUAAUCCACCGUGUUCAUGACAAAACUGAAGUAGAGCCGCAAUUAAUUUUAACUGCUCUCAUGAGCAGAGGUACAUUAAAGCAUAAUGUUGUAAGUUAUAUUGCAGAAUUUUAUGUACAUGUAUGAAAAAUAAAAAUAUGGAUAUGA